UACAGCAACCAUUACAAUGGCAUUCAAGGUUGUGGUCCUCUGCGCCGCUCUUCUUCUGGUCCAGGCUAUCUCGGCCCAAAAAUGUGGCUGUUCAUGCGGCAGCUAUGGGGGCUCUAGCAACGUCUACGCUAACUCCAUCAACAUCCCCACCAGCGGCGGCGACUUCCUCAUCACCAGCAUCGGCCCCAUCUCCCCCUCCGGCAUCGCCGUCUCCUCCGACCUCAGCCUUGACGGAAACUUGGACGUGAGCGGGGAGCUGCCGUACCUGAGCGCCGUACAGUUCUCUGGCGAAUACGAUACCAGCGGUUCCACGUGCGUGGACUACAGCUGCGGCUCCUGCGGGAACGUGGCCAUCACCAGCGUGCAGGGCGGCUCUGGCUGCGGCUGCGGCUGCAGACGCUGAAGCCCUUCUAGAAACUUUUAGUUAAUUCUAUCAGUUAACUUCAAGUUGUAGUACUUACUAACGAUAAACUUAUAGAAUGCUGAUCAAAUAAACGAAAGUAUUUAAAACCCA